UCUCUAUAAUAGAGUCCCCUAUUGAUGGUACAACCUCCGUCUUCAUGUGAAACUUGAUCUUCAUGCGAAAGCUAGAUUGGUUCCCGUAUAAAUUCUGGUAAAUGUCUUCUUCAUAGAUGCUCCCUAUAAUAGAGGCUAUCUCUCUCUAUCUCCGACUAUCCCUUUCUCUAUAAUAGUCCUCUAUUGAUAGUACAACCUUCAUUUUCAUGUGAAACUUCAUCUUCAUGCGAAAGCUAGAUUGCCUUCCCGCGCCGUAUAAAUUCUGGUAAUUAUCUUCUUCAUGAAUGCUUUGAGGCUAUCCCUUUCUCUAUAAUAGAGUCCUCUAUUGAUAGUACAACCUCCAUCUUCAUGUGAAACUUGAUCUUCAUGCGAAAGCUAUAGAUUGCCUUCCCGUAUAAAUUCUGCUGGAUUGCCUUCCCGUAUAAAUUCUGGGCCAGCCCGUGGGUUAAGAUAACAUAUAUAUCAUAACAUUCAGGAUCCAUAUAGUCUUGGUCAAUAAACUAAGAAAAAAAGGAUGCGUUUGCUAAAGUUUCCUAGCCGUCAACCUAUUUUUCCUCCAAGAGCCGGCGACGGCUUCAGCUUUUGUCCAUCUCCUCCAUCGCAAUGUCCAUCUUUGGCCAUCGCUUCCAUUUCUUGCUUUGGUUCUCCAUCAUUAACAGCAUAUCCUCUAUGGAGCAAGACAACAUCUCGCGCUCCCAAGAUAAUGUUUCCAAGCCUUCGAUCGCUCCAUCGACGAUGUUUUUCUUUGAAUUCUGUGUACUUUGUGUCGCUGAAGGUGCGCCAUGGAUGGAUUAAGAACGAUCAUCCCCAAAACGACGCUCCACUUGUCAACUUGAUUUCGAUCAUAUUUGGUGAUUGGUGUCACUGUUUGGGCGGCGCUACUAGGAGUCAGCUCUAUGGUGGAGAGGCAGCGCGUUGGCACUCUCAGCAAUUGCAUGGUGGCCCUCGAUUGCAGUCAAGUUUGCCUAAAUCCAAAAAGAUCGACACACUAAGAAUUCCAGCUAUGUCUUCUUCAGCUUUGCAAACAACUGGUGAAUCUAACAAUCACAGUCUGAAAAACGGUGAAAUGUAUGCUGAUGGCAUUAACUGGGAUGAUCUUGGGUUUGGACUAAUUCCAAUCGAUUACAUGUACACCAUGAAAUGCUCCGACGGAGAAAACUUUUCACAAGGACAUCUCUCUCCCUUUGGAAAGAUUGAGCUUUGCCCAUCUGCUGGAAUAUUGAAUUAUGGACAGGGACUAUUCGAAGGUCUUAAGGCGACCAGAACAGAAGAUGGUCGUAUUAUGCUGUUUCGGCCCCAAGAGAAUGCUCUAAGAAUGAAGAUGGGUGCAGAGAGAAUGUGCAUGCCAUCUCCAUCCGUUGAGCAAUUUGUUGAUGCUGUGAAGCAAACAGUCUUCGCCAACAAGCGUUGGGUACCACCUCCAGGAAAAGGAUCACUGUAUAUUAGGCCUUUGCUCGUGGGGAGUGGAUCUAAUCUGGGCUUGGGCCCGGGACUGGAGUAUACAUUCCUAAUAUUUGCUUCUCCAGUUGGUAAUUAUCACAAGGGAAGGGCAGCCCUCAAUUUGUAUGUUGAACAUAAAAUCCACAGAGCUACUCCUGGUGGAACUGGAGGUGUCAAAUCUGUCACCAAUUACUCACCUGUUUACCAAACACAACAGCAAGCAAGGGCCAAGGGGUUCUCUGAUGUCUUAUUCCUAGAUUCUGCAACUGGUAAAAACAUUGAGGAGAUUGUAGCAGCUAACAUUUUCAUUCUGAAGGGUAAUGUCAUUUCAACUCCAACACUGAAACAUGGAACUAUCCUCCCUGGAGUAACCCGUAAAAGCAUCAUUGAUAUUGCCCUUGAUUUUGGUUACCAGGUGGAGGAGCGUGUGAUCCCAGUGGAGGAUUUACUUGCAGCCGAUGAAGCUUUCUGCACAGGAACUGCCGUGGUUGUCAACCCUAUUGGCGCUGUAACUUAUCAAGACAAGAGGGUUGAAUACAAAACAGGAGGAGCGUUAUGUCAGAAACUGUAUGAAACGCUAACAGGAAUCCAAACAGGUCGUCUUGAGGACAAGAAGGGAUGGACCCUAGAGGUCAACUGAGCUUCUUUAUUGUACCAAACCCCAGAAGCUAAUUGUCAUCUACUUAUCAUUUGUCAUUUGUUUUAAAUAAGUAGAAGUCCUAGUCUACUAGGAGUUUGUUAGUGUUUAAUUGUUUAUCAAGUCUUUAAGGAAAUCCCAUGAACUUAGGAGUUGUUAAUCAUGGCGUAGUCGUUCCAGAUUUCUGUUAGUUUGUUUGUAUGCUCUAUUUAUAUAGAGCUGCUUUUCAAUCAAUGAAAUCAUUCAGUUCCGAUA